CGGCACAAAAAGCUGCAAGAUAAGGAAAUAUGAAACAACUAUAUGACAACGAAGAAACUGUCAGGGAAACAUAGUAAACCAGAGACCGAUCAGAGACAAAGAAGGCAAGCCGAUCAGAGAUUCAAGAACAGAGGAACAGAUGGGUAGAACACUUCGAGGAACUUUUGAAUUAACCAGCUCCACUGAAUCCACCGGACAUGGAAGCAACACACACAGACCUUCCUAUAGAUGUCAAUCCACCAACGACCGAAGAAAUCAGAAUGGCCAUCAGACAAAUCAAGAGCGGGAAAGCAGCAGGACAUGACAAUGUACCAGCUGAAUUCAGACAUGGAAGUAACUGCAAGCAUGCUUCACCUUCUAUUCAAGAAGAUUUGGGGGGAGGAACAAGUACCGAACGACUAGAAAGAAGGUUACCUCACCAAGAUACCAAAAAAGAUCUGGGCAAAUGUGAGAACUACAGAGGAACCACACUACCAUCAGUGUCAAGAAAGGUAUUCAACAGUGUUGUUGAACCGGAUGGAAGAUUCAGUAGACGCCCAACUUCGAGACCAACAGGCUAGAUUCCGUAAGGAUCGGUGGUGCACUGACCAAAUCGCGACACUACAGAUUAUCG